UGAUGGCUCCAUUUAGCCAGGACACAGCACGGACAACAACCGUGCAAUAAUUCGUAAUCCAAUAUGGCCGCCCCAGAGGACAAGCUUUCAAAGCUCUGUCCCAGGUGCUACUAUCUUUUGGUCGGAAGUGGAAUCGAGCUUACUAAACGGUAAACCGUCCCCAAGGGUUCGGUACCGGAACAUUCAACUGUCAUGUUUUAAGAGGCAAAUGUUUGCAUCGGCAUCAUUUUGCUGUGAUAAAAAAUAGUUAAUUUUACCCUGCAAAGUGAAUUUUAAUCAUGGUUCUUGUGCACUGUGUGUUCGAUAAGUGCGGCAACCAGCGGAAGAAGAAUGGCAAGAUAUCCUUCUUCAGUUUUCCAAAGGAGCCUGAUCUGCUACAGAAAUGGAUCAACUUUAUCAACACGCACAACCCGACCAAGUUGAGCGAACAAGCGCUGGAUCGGGAAAGGAUGAAAAUCUGUCACAUGCACUUCGAGAAAAACCAAGUGGCCACCAAGUCGAACAGCGACCGAGUGCUGGUGCGGAACUCGGUUCCGCGGUGUCCGCCGGGGAUUGUGUAAGUAUUUUCAAAUGCAUAGAACGGUCAAGGGUUCACCUUUUUAUUAAUUUUAUGGAAUUUCUUAUAA